CCCGAAGUGCGCCGCGUUACAACCCUCCUAGUUAUCUCGUUCAAAUCCAGAGAGAAAAAUAAAUGAUUUUUCUCAUGAGAUUCUGAUUUUCCCUUUGUGGGUUUUGUUCUUACGACAAAUCUUAAGGAUUUGCUGUUCGAUAGUUUUGUUAUUUUCCCUCUCGGUCUAAGUUAUUCAGGGAAAUAUGGAGAUGGAAACUAUUGUGGGAGUUGGUGAAGAGACAAGACCUAAAACCCGUUCUUCGGAAACUCGGUCAGCUAACCGAAACGCCGUCGUUGACUCAGGUGAGAAAACCCUAGAAGAGAAGGGUGUUAGGGUUUCUGAAAACGGAGAGCACAAGGUUGUUGAUGAGGCUGGUGUUAUUGAAGACUGUGUGAUGAAUGGAGUGUCGUCUCUGCUAAAGCUGAAGCAAGAUGUCAGUGAUAAGGAUGAUGCUGAAGGAGAAGAUGGUGAUGAAGAAGAAGAAGAAGAAGAAGAAGAAGAGGAGCAUGGAUACCAUGUAGGAGAUUUUGUGUGGGGCAAAAUCAAGAAUCAUCCAUGGUGGCCAGGUCAGAUAUACGACCCAUCAGAAGCUUCAGAUUUGGCGUUGAAGAUAAAGCAAAAGGGGAAGUUGCUUGUUGCGUAUUUUGGAGACAGGACAUUUGCUUGGUGCGGUCCCUCACAGUUGAAACCGUUUGCAGAGAGUUUCAAAGAGUGUUCUAACGUAAGCAACUCGAGGGGCAUUGUAACCGCAGUGGAAGAGGCGGUAGAAGAAAUGGGUCGACACAUGGAGCGUUUACUGAUACGUGAGGAGCUUGAUAACCGUCUAAUUAAGAAUGCUGGGAUAAGAGAAGGUGUUGUUGUUCGUGAUGUGAGAAGAGAGAUGAUUUCUUCUCUGCUGGUUGGAAAACCUGAAGGGAUUCUUCAAGAUGUUAAAGAAUUUGCGGAGACGGUUAGUUUCAGCGGUUUGCUUGAGCUUGAGGUUGUGAAGAGGAAGGUGUCUGCGUUUUAUCGGUCUAAAAGAGGAUAUGGUUUGACUGAGUUUCCUGAGCCGCAGUCAGUCCCAGGACUUGAAGACAAGAACAACGAUGACGAAGUUGAGGACUUUGAUGAUGGUGGUGGUGUAAAAGGAAAAGUAGGAAAAGGUUUGGAUCCUGACGAAGAGUUUUCGAUUCAAAGACCGUUGGAGAAGUGCUCAGGGUUUCCUGAUCAUAGGCUGCAACACAGGAGGAAGCAGAAGAGCCUUGCGGAGAUAUUGAAGAAUGAGUCUUGUGCUAAGGUGAGAUUUGAGAAGGAGAAGGAGAAGUCGAGUAGGAAAAAGGUAAAACACAGUGAUGAAGUUAAGGGUGAGCUUGCACUUACACUUGUAACCACCACCAAUCCGAGGAAGAGGAAGAAAAGGGAUGAGGAUGAAGCAGAUAAUGAUUCAACUCCGUUAGCUUCACUGCGUAAGAAGGUGAAUGGUUCUUCAAGUGCUGGAAAUGGCGAGACCUCCACACAAACAACAAAGAGAGAGAGGAAGAAGAGCAAGUACUUUUCGGCUGAGUUCUUGUCAGAUUUUUCAUCGAAAGGGAGAAAAAAGACCAAAACUGAACCAGAAUCUUCCGAAGUUCCAAGUCAGAGCCAAGUAGGAGAGCUAACGGCCAAUGCGAGUAAUAGCCUCGUGGUGGUGGAAGAGGAUAACUCUUGUGAAUUGUUAUUAUUGGAGAAUGGUGUCGGUCGUCAAGAACUGUCGGAGGAACUUAGUCACGCCAUCGCGUUUCUGAAAUUGGGAGCUUCAACCGUCGAAAUUCGGGAUCUCAUUCGUGUAUCAGCUCUUGGUACAGAAUAUCCAAAAGACAGUAGCUCAAGAGAUAUGGUAAGAGAGUUCAUGUCCAUCUACAGAAGCUUCACAUACCAUGAGGGUGCCAGUAGCAAGUUUGUGGGGAGUUAUAAUACUGCAGAUUCAGACAAGGAUGGGACAGGCAAACCUGAGGAGAUUGAGCAAACUGGAACAGGAGAGAAUGAGACAGACGAGCAUGAGACAACAAAGAAACAGAGAAGACCAAAGACGCUAACAUCUAAGAAGCAAGCUGAGAAAGUAGAAGAAACCGGCAGAGAGGUGACUGAGACAACGAAGAAAGAGAGAAAGCGUAGGCCUGAAUCAGAGAAGAAAGCUGAGGAAGAAGAGGAAACACUCAGAGAGUCUGCGAAGAAAGAGAGAAAAGCUAAGAAGCCUAAAUCAAGGAAGCAAGGUGUUGAAGCAGAGGAGGCGAGUGGCUCAACUAAGAAAAAGAAAAAAGCUAAGAAGCCUAAGUUGGAGGAAGAGGAGACGCUGAAUGAGUCUGAGAAGAAGGAAAGAGAGGGAAAGGCGAGGAAGCAGGAGUUUUCAGGAGCUGAGCUAUUUGUUACAUUUGGUCCUGGUUCAAGUCUGCCUAAAAAGGAAGCUCUUAUAGAAAUCUACGGAAAGUUUGGAGCUUUAGAUGAAGAGAGAAGCUGUGUUUUGGACACCAAGUUCUGCGCUUGUGUUGCCUUCUUGAACGUAGCAGAUGGAGAGAAAGCUUUUGAGUCUUCACUAGAGAAUUCUCCUUUUACUUCUACUUCCACAGUUAAAUUCAGACUCAAGUAUCCUAAUGAGAGAGCAGAGGAGAAGAAAGGUGAAGCUGUAGAUGCAAAUACAACAAGAGUGGAGAUGGAACAUUUGAAGAAGUCGUUGGAGGAGUUGGUAUCAUUAGUGGAUGAAUCUAGAGGAAUGACUGAACAAGUGAAAGGGAAACUUGAAGAGGAGAUGGUGAAUGUGCUUGAGAAAGUAAGAAAGAUGCCAUUGUCUUAGGAUUAUGUUUAUUUAUUUUUAUGCUGGGUGAGACUUUUACAGGAGAUUGUGAAUUUGCUAGAAAGAGCAACGUGUUAGGAUUAUGUCUGAUGUUUGUUGGUUGAGAAAUUUCAAGAGCUUUUUACAGGUUUUUAGGAUAUUUAUGGUCGUCUGCCAAACAAAAAUCUAUUUCUAAAGUUGGUCAUAUUACCGAUUGAUUUAUUGUAGUUUUCAGUGACAACAAAAAAAAGAA